CCUACAAUGUAGACGUCUGGGCGUCGGGGAAAUUCUCAGGUCAGUGAACCAGACUUACUUAUUUGUUGACUGGCAUGUUGAAAUUCACGCGGAGCAUGCACAUGGUGGGCGUGGGCCCCUCGAUCUCUCGCACAAAACGUUUAGAUUUUUCAACGGAAAUACUUCCUCUGGACAACGGAUUAAUACCCAAUUUGCCCUCGGUCCGCAGACUCGACUGACCACGAGUGGCAUGGAAUUUACGCGUUCUUCAUUUGUGGACUGCAUUUUGUGUGCUUGGAAUUAUCAGUGCUCAAAGGAAAAUCGCUGGCUGGACUCCAUCUUGCAAGAUUGUAUUGACAUGGACACGGUGUAAAAACUGAACUGUACAGAAGGCCUACUGAACUCUUUUGAAACGAACAGCAACAGUGAACAAGUGAAUUGAAGGUCUGUGGAUUUAAAUUUUGUCUGUGGAAUAUUUGGAGGCUCCUAAAACUUAAAGAUCAUGCUUGAAAAGGUCGUCAUGGGCUUCCCUGGCAUCAUGAAGGUAUUCGGAGCAGUUUUUCUUAUGUUGCUGGUUGUCGGUGUGCCGGUCAGAGGUAUCCAAAGAGAAGUCGACAGUCUUUCCAAGAAGACCACCGGUUAUGAUGGCUUUAUCGACCAACUCAUCACCGACGGAGCGGGUAACAUUGACAGAGCCUGCAUCAUCCCCAGAGAUGGCGGCAGCUUGCUAUCAAGCUCCGACCAUCCUCACGCUCUGCAUAUGACUGUGGAAGAGCGGCUGGAGAUAGCUGAAGCUUUAAGAGAUAACAGCUGGUCCAGUAUCGAGACUGAGGGUUUGUUUGUGGAAGGUCAGAAAUACAUCUUCUUGGGGGUAGACGAAGAUGGUAUCUUUAAGGGGCUGAAGAUUGGACCAGGGGGUGGUGGGGUCAUUGGUGAGCCGAGCAAUGCGGCUAUCGUUGUUGUUCAUACUUCCUCGAGCUCAUUUUUCACAAUGGUUCAAGUUAACAUAGUCCUGGGCCAAGUUGUGGAAGCUAUGAAAUCCCAAGGCCUGUAAAAUGGAAGAUUUUUUUUGAUCACCCAUUGAAAAAAGUCACAUGGCUACUAUCAAUAGUGUUAUUUUCCUAAAGGUAUCAUUAUGGAGACACGUUAUCGUUUAUUUGAACUUAGGGAGACAGUCGACCUUAGUGAGACAUUUCAAUGUCUCACUAUUAAAGGUCUCAAGUUCUAUUUAGAAGCAAACAUCUGAUGUAGGAAAUAGGCUUGAUCGUUGCUUAAUUGUGGUCCAAAACAAUUAUAUGUAUUCACAAAAUUUAGUUCAGGGGUCAUGAAAGUUUGAAAAAUGUUGUGCACAUUAUACGAUAAUAAUACUUAUUGUAUGUCAUUAUUGGUGUUAUAACAACCACAAAAUUGAACCAAUAGGGAGACGCUUAUGCUCAGAUGUUAUACAUUCGGGAGACAUUUGAAAUUAGGGAGACAUUUCAAUGUCUCCCUAUACCUCAGCUCCUAUAAAGGCAACAUUUUGCUGGCGCAAAUAGGCUAGAUCAAUUGCUCAUUGUCCGAUUAGCAAAAAUACGAAAAUUUGUGGGGGAAGGAUAUAAGUAUAAUUGAAGUAAGGGGUCACAAAAGUCGGAUUAUUAUUUGUGACAAGUCUAUGGGAACGUCUCCCUAAUGGUAUGAUUAUCGUUUAUCAUUAUAUUCAUCAAUUCAUGUAACAUUUCUUCUAUAUACAACGAGACGGUUAUGUUGCUUUAAGCAUGCAUUGGUAUUUCUUCACUUACUUCCCAAUUAAAGAUAUCAUAUCUCGAUUUUUAAAACUCACAAACUUCUUAAUUGUGACAUAAGUAGGCCUACUAUCCUUAUUGCAUUUAUGUGUUACCUUUAAAAUAUGGUGAGAUUUCUGACAAACAUCUAGGAAAACUUGAUUCACUUGAUAAUUUUUGGGAAGAAUUUAGAAACACUGGUUGUUAUCAUAUAUUAUGUCAUAAAUACUCACAAUUAUACUGUCUUGAUCUUAACUUAAAUUGCUUUUUUCCCUCCCAACUGUGCUUGGUAAUAUAUCUAUGUACUUCUUUUAAUCACAUAAUGGUACAUGUACCAAAUAUGGUAUAAUGAUAAAGAAAAUAGCAACUGCA